GUCAGUUGCUUGGCGCACAUUUAACAAAUUGUAUCUAACCAGAAGUUGAUGAUUUUGCUAAUUAUAUAUCAUAUCUAUACAAAAUAAACUUGAGAGUUUGAGACAAGCGUUUAGGUUCCCCAUACUCGCUAGGACGAAUUUAGCUUAAAAGAGAUAUAUUUUAAUCGCGCGAAAAACACAAACUAGCGUUUCUGAAAUGAGCUAGACUGUCAAAACAUGGAGCCUCAGAAAGAGAUCAGUCAACCUGCAAAUAAAAUCGCAACGCCUGGGAAAGAUCAAGAGGAACGAUGCUGCUCUAAUACCUGUGAUAAAAAUGAGGAGCAGGAACCUUUGUCCCCAAAUCAGGGAGAUUUCAGUGAUCCAGUAUAUAAGGAGAUCGCACUGGCGAACGGCACCAUUAACCGAAUGAACAGAGAAGAGCUGCGUGCGAAAUGUGCUGAACUGAAACUUGAUACACGAGGUGUUAUGGAUGUGCUGAAGAAGCGCCUCAAAAGCUACUACAAAAGGCAAAAACUGCAUUCAGCUGCUGCAGGUGGUAACAGUGAUGUAUACUAUGACUACAUCUGUGUGGUAGAUUUCGAGGCAACGUGUGAGGAAAAUAACCCACCUGACUACCUUCAUGAAAUCAUCGAGUUCCCCAUGGUUUUGAUUGACACACACACUUUGGAGAUUGUAGACUCAUUUCAGGAGUAUGUGAAGCCAGAAGUGAACCUGCAACUCUCAGAUUUUUGUGUAAAACUUACCGGGAUCACGCAGAUAAUGGUGGAUGAGGCAGAUACAUUCCAUGCAGUUCUAAAACGAGCAGUUUCUUGGCUACAGAAGAAAGAACUUGGCACAAAGUACAGCUAUAUGUUUUUGACAGAUGGGUCAUGGGACAUGGGAAAGUUUCUUUAUACUCAAUGUCGAUUGAGUCGCAUCAGAUACCCAAAGUUCGCCGGAAAGUGGAUCAAUAUCAGAAAGUCUUAUGCAAACUUUUAUAAGGUUCCCCGUACUCAGACUAAACUAAUCUGCAUGCUGGAGAAUCUCGGGAUGCACUACGAAGGGCGUCCCCACUGUGGUUUAGAUGACUCCCGCAACAUUGGUAGAAUUGCUAUCCACAUGCUAAAGGACGGCUGUCAGCUGCAGGUAAACGAGUGCUUGCAUUUAGGGGAACCACGGAGCGUGCCCAUCUCUGCUCCCAUUGAAGGAGCACCAGCACCUCAAAAUCCCAGGAGCAGAGAUUAAAAAAGACACUCUUUUUACAAAAAUAACAUGUUAUUUCUUUGAUGUGAACAAACAGAUGUUGAUGUUGAAUUGAAACAGAGGGCAUUGGUCAGCCACAGUGAUCACAUUUAAGGGAAGAACUUUGUGUACACCAGAUAAUUUGGGUAAACUUUAAACUUUGUUCUGGAAAAAUUGCUCCGUUAAUGUGUACUCUUUUAAUUUGUGAUAUAACCUUUGAUGCAGUCAUUCACAUUAAAGUGGAUCAGGGUUCAAGAUCAGUAUGGUGAUUCUGUGCUUUCACCCUUACAGCCAAUUGAGUUUAUGUACUGUAUUCUGAAACCUGCUACUGAGGAAUUUGCAAACUGAAAUAGCACAAAGGUUGCUAACCAAACUAAUUGCCUUUUGUAGUAACAGUCAUUAUUUCAAGCCUAACUGCUGGAUGAUUAAUAAUUGCACUUUGCUUUUUUCAUCCAUGUUGCACAUUCUCACAUUCUUGCCUCAAAACAAGAAAUGUAAUCCUCUAUACAACUGAAAUGAUACAUUUGUAUACAAUUAUUUUGCCAAUAAAUUAUGAUGU